GAGCCAUUGUACACUAGGUCAUAUGUGUUACAGAAACACUGCUCCAGAUGGAUCGCCAACAGUUGCAGAAGUUUGUGCAAUAUCUCAUCUCCGAACACCAUACAGAAGUGCUGCCAACUGCACAGAAGCUGGCUGAUGAGAUUCUCCAACAACGGUCUGAAAUCAACCAGAUACCAGGGGCCCCAGAUCCUACGGCAGGAGCCAGUGCAGAUGAUGACCACACGUGGCACCUGGAUGAGGAGCAAGUCUGUGAGCAGGUCAAGUCCUAUCUCUCGCAGGGCAGCUACUACAAUGCCAACAAACAACUCAAUUCACUCUUUGCAAAGGUGCGUGAGAUGUUGCGGGCGCGGGACUCAAACGGAGCACGAAUGUUAACACUGAUCACAGAACAGUUCUUGUCGGACCCUCGAUUGUUACUGUGGAAGUCUCAGGGAACCCCCAUGACAGACAAGUGCCGUCAGCUUUGGGACCAACUAGGUGCUCUCUGGGUGUGUAUUGUGCUGAAUCCACACUGCAGCAAUCAGGAGAAGAUCCAUUGGAAGUCACUGUUGGAGAAGUGGACACGCAAUGAGAUCUGCCCCCAGGAGGACCCAGACUUCCGACCGCAGCCCAUGCCUCGCCUGGAUGGGUACCAUGGCGGUGGAGGAUUUCACUCCUCAUCAGACAGUAGUUCAGAUGAUGAAGGUGGUGGCAAUGCCAGCAACAACAAUGCCUUCUGUAACAACAACAGCCACAACAGCAAUCACAGGCGGCGUGGUUGGCUGUCCCACGGUCAUGGACGUAGUGCUCCUGCCCCCAUCCCUCGCACAGUCUUCCACCGGGCUUUGGACGCUGUAGGCAUGUCCUGGGACAACAUGCAUCUCAAGAACAUACUGUCCAGUGACUCUUACUGUAGUCACGUACCUGACAGCUCUCUCAUUUCAGGGAGCUUCAACUCUUUAGGUCAACCUUUGUGGCACGAAGCCCUACCUACGUGCGCAGCGCGCGUGGACGCUCUGCGUUCUCACGGACAUCAGGGGGCAGCACUGCGGUUGGCAGUUGCGGUGAUACGCACUAUGAAGCAACAACAGUUGACGGCGCAGAGGAAGUGGCAUGAGAGCCAGCAGACCAAGCCCUGCGCCUCCACUAGCAGUUGCGACAACCAUCGCUGUCCGGGUUAUGGAUCGCAAUGUCCACGGACUGAGCAACCCUGCACAUCUCGCUGCAGCUACCCCUCACGCAGCUGUUCCACUGGCUACUACGACAACCACACUCGCCCACCCUCUGCCUGCAGUUCGCGAUGUACCUCCAAUGGUUUCAGUGACUGCCAUUACCGUUUCCACCCUGCCUGCGACAACCCACGCUGCUACGAUCACAGGCCUGCACUUCGCUGCUGUGUCCGCCCCUGCGCCAUCCCUCCUCCCGCCAAGUUCUGUGCCAAUUCGAGUCUGAUGGAAGGGUGGGUCGGCCACCCACUAGAUCCCAUCGGUUGUCUCUUUGACACACUCGCAGACGCAUCUCUAGUCACCGAUGAUGCUGCACCCCGCACUCCCUCGUACUUCGAUCCUGUUGGUGUCGAAGAGACUGUUAGCAGUAUUCCCCCAAGGUACCAACACGUCCCAGUGGUCGGUUCUAGAGAUCGCACUGAGACUUACCUGACGUUAGCUGUAGAAGUGGCUCUAAUAGGGUUGGGGCAGCAGCGGAUCAUGCCUCCAGGCCUCUAUGCUCAGGAGAAAGCUUGCAAGCAGGAGGACCGGCUGAUAGCCAAACUGCAGGAGAUGGAGUUAGACAACAGUCUGGUAGCGGUGCUGAGGCGGCAGGCCAUCGUGCUGCUGGAGGGAGGUCCUUCAAGCGGGCUGGGGAUCGGGAUACACCCUGAGAGCAUCCCCAUGCACACCUUUGCACGGUUUCUGUUCCUUGCACUCCUCAACUACUACCCAGACCUGGCCUAUGAAGUGGGGCUUCGGGCCAUGAGAUUACCAGUGAUGGAAGAGCACGAGGACUCGGAUGAUCCGGUGAAUGGAAGCAACGUGUCAUCGCUUGUUCUCAGCAGAUAUCCUCGGUGGUUUACCAUCGGCCACAUAGAGACCCAGCAGUGUGCAUUGGCAUCCACCAUGCUUAGUGCUGCCAAAGGAGAGGUUAUGAGACUGAGGACGGUGCUGGAGUCUGCCCAAAGGCACAUCCACAGCUCCUCGCACCUGUUCAAACUCGCGCAGGACGCCUUUCGCUUUGCCACUCCUGAGACAGGACCUAGGCAUCCCACACUGCUCAGCGUUGCCUUCGAACUGGGUCUCCAGGUGAUGAGGAUGACUCUUUCUUCACUCAACUGGAGGCGGCGAGAGAUGGUGCGUUGGUUGGUCACUUGCGCCACCGAGGUCGGUGUUGAGGCUCUCGUUUCCAUCAUGCAGAACUGGUAUCAGCUGUUUACACCUACAGAAGCCACAGGACCGGUGGCAACUACCAUCAUGUCCCACAGCACCAUCAUGCGACUGAACCUGACAUUUGCUCAACAGGAGGAGCUCUCAGGCUGUGCACGCACUCUGGCAUUGCAGUGUGCCACGAAGGAUCCUCCAAACUGUGCCUUGAACGCGCUGACACUGUGCGAGAAUGAAGCGCUGGCGUUUGAGACGGCGUAUCAGAUAGUGAUUGAUGCUGCAUCACACAUCAUGACAUCGUCACAGCUGUUCACUAUCGCACGAUACAUGGAACACAGAGGCUACCCUACACGCGCCUACAAGCUGGCCAUGUUGGCUAUGAAGAAUGUCCACCUCGCUUACAACCAGGACACCCAUCCGGCCAUCAACGACAUCCACUGGGCUUGCGCCUUGAGCCACUCACUGGGCAAGCAGGAACUGAGCAACAUGAUCCCCCUGCUGGUGAAGAACGUACAGUGUGCGACGGUGUUAUCAGACAUCCUGCGGCGGUGUAGCAUCAGUGCACCAGGGGUGUCCUGUCCUCAUCCCCCCGACAAGCACCAUCACCACCACCACCACCGGGGUGGCGGGGCACGGGGCAAGCCCCUCAGUUAUGACAGACCGCCACUGCGACAGCUUCUGGAGGCGGCGGUGGCAGCCUACGUCAAUACGACACACUCCCGCCUCACACACAUCUCCCCGCGACACUAUGGUGACUUCAUCGACUUCCUAGGCAAGGCACGUGACACAUUCGUCCUCGCGCAUGAUGGUCACGCCCAGUUCACCCAGCUCGUCGAGAACAUGAAACUCGCGUACAAGGGGAAGAAGAAGUUAAUGUUCCUGGUGAAAGAGAGGUUUGGCUGACCGACGCCGAGCCUCCCGUAUCGGUGAUGGGGCCUCAACCAUAGGCUAGGUUAGUGGUCCACGACUUUAACAACGGUUCGUCCAGGUCUCCCUUACUCAUUUAAUGGUUAAUCUUUGAAAGUUGUUAUAGAGAUUCAUUUAGAAACAAGUUUAUAAGAAAGAACAAAUUUAACCACUUAAAGAGUCCAACUCAUUUUUCACCAGUUAGCUGGUAAUGUAAGUCAAUUUCAGACUGAUUCUUUUAUAUAAUAUGUUAUCAUAUAAAAUAUAUAUAUGAAUAAAAGAUUAUUAUAAUCCUUAAUUUCAUAAACUCAACUAAAAUAAAAGUUUAAAUUUAUUGAAGCAAACAUUUCUGUACAAUCUGAUCUAAUAUGAUAUUAUUAAGUUGACAAUUUAUUUUUUACAUGGUAGAGAAAUAUUUGAAAAGUAUUUUUUGUACUAUUAAACGAACAAAAACAUUUAUUUUAGAUAAACACACUAUUAAGUUGAUCACUGGGUUGUACUCAAAUUUAUAAUCUUUUCAGUUAAUUUUUUGUUAAAUUCAUCCUCUGAAAAAAUGUCUGGACUUUUUUGCAGGGUAUAUGUCAUUUCAAUAAGGAAAGUUAUUACAAAGUUUUUGUACAAGAUAGGUAAUUUAACUUUUUAUGUUGAAAGUAGGUUAUUAAUAUGUUGGAUAUGGAAUAUAUAUUGGCUAUUGUUAACUUAAUUACAUUUAAACACAUAAACCAAUAUUUAAAACUCUUAUUUUUGUGAGGCCUUUCGAUAGCAAGGCUAUCUU